CGGUUCGGUUCGGUUCAAUUCGAUUUUUGUUUCUUUUGAUUCGAUCCGGUUAGUACAAACCGAAUCGGUUAACCGCUAGUUUAGUCUAUUAUCCUUCUCAGACGAACCAGCACGUAGCCAUUUUGAGGAUUGAGACGAUCGAAUCAACCGAAGAAGACGAUGAAGAUCUCCCACGUUCCCUGUCUAGAAGACAACUACUCCUACCUGAUAAUCGACGAGAGCACCGGAGACGCGGCGGUUGUGGAUCCAGUUGAGCCCGAGAAGGUAAUCAAGUCGGCUGAGCAGCACAGUGCCAAUAUCAAGUUCGUACUCACCACCCAUCAUCACUGGGAUCAUGCCGGUGGCAACGAGAAGAUGAAGCAGUUGGUGUCUGGAAUCAAAGUCUAUGGAGGCUCUCUUGAUAAGGUCAAGGGAUGCACUGAUGCUGUCGAUAAUGGUGACACCUUGUCUUUGGGUCAAAAUAUUAACAUAUUAGCUCUUCACACCCCUUGUCACACCAAGGGUCACAUUAGUUACUAUGUCACAGGCAAAGAUGGAGAAACCCCAGCUGUGUUCACUGGAGAUACACUUUUCGUUGCUGGCUGUGGGAAGUUUUUCGAAGGAACAGCUGAACAGAUGCAUCAGUCCUUGUGUGUGACUCUGGCUUCAUUACCUAAACCGACCCAGGUUUACUGCGGCCACGAGUACACUGUGAAGAACUUGGAGUUUGCUUUAACUGUGGAACCAAACAACGAGAAGAUACAGCAGAAGCUAUCAUGGGCCCGUCAACAGCGCCAAGCGAAUCUUCCCACAAUCCCUUCAACACUAGAGGAAGAGCUCGAAACAAACCCGUUUAUGCGCGUUAAUAAUCCUGAGAUACAGGAGAAACUUGGUUGCAAAUCACCGAUCGAUACUCUCAGAGAAAUCAGGAACAAGAAGGAUCAGUGGAGGGGCUAAGAAUUGGCUGAGCUUCUUGCAUAAAUGCUUUUCGUGUGUUGUGGUGAACCUUUUGAAUAAGUGUUUGUAACACGUUCACGUUUAUACUCUCUGUGAAACUGGUAACCGGUUUGGUAAACCUAAACCGGACCGACCUGUAUGCCGUGUACCCUUCUCAGUUUCUAGUUUCUUGUGGAUAUUAAUAAAUGAAUACUUUCUUUUGUUGUC